AUGCCAUGCAAGAUUGAAGGUUUCUUCUUAUUACUUCUCUUUGGCUAUGAAGCCACAUUGGGAUUGUCAUCGACAGAGGAUGAGGGUGAGGACCCCUGGUACCAGAAAGCAUGCAAGUGUGACUGCCAGGGAGGAGUCAACGCUCUGUGGUCUGCUGGAGCUACCUCCUUAGACUGUAUUCCAGAAUGCCCAUAUCACAAGCCCCUGGGUUUUGAGUCAGGGGAGGUCACGCCAGAUCAGAUCACUUGCUCCAACCCAGAGCAGUAUGUGGGCUGGUAUUCCUCAUGGACGGCGAACAAGGCCCGGCUCAACAGUCAAGGUUUUGGGUGUGCUUGGCUUUCCAAGUAUCAGGACAGCAGCCAGUGGUUACAGAUAGAUUUGAAGGAGAUCAAGGUGAUUUCGGGGAUCCUUACCCAAGGACGCUGUGACAUAGAUGAGUGGAUGACCAAGUAUAGUGUGCAAUAUAGGACCGAUGAACGCCUGAACUGGAUUUACUAUAAGGAUCAGACCGGAAACAAUCGGGUCUUCUAUGGAAACUCAGAUCGGAGUUCUACAGUCCAGAACUUACUGAGGCCCCCCAUCAUUUCCCGCUUCAUCCGACUGAUCCCUCUAGGCUGGCAUGUCCGAAUUGCCAUCCGGAUGGAGCUGCUUGAGUGUGCCAGCAAGUGUGCCUGA